AUGGAGAGAUGCAUUAUACCACGGACCGGGAAACUUCACUGGAUUUGGGGAAAAAAUGAAGAGCGGCUCGAGGUUCUGGCGUCUUUGUGUGUAGUGGAUAUCAGCCUCUCCUUGCUGUCCGGAAUGGCUCUCGGGAUAACGUCCUCGUCCUCCGCUCGAGGCGUUUGCGUCUAA